AUGGCAAUAGUGCUGUUGGAUCCAACAGAAUCUAUAAUAUCCUUAAUGACCACGAUAGAAGCAUUUGGACUGUUAGCGGGCUUCAAAAUCAAUAAGGGGAAAACAAAGGUGAUAGCUAAGAACUGCACUGAAACUGCUAUCCGAAACAUAGAGGAACUGUCAAAAUUUAAGUGUGGAGAAUCGCUAGCCGAUAGGAUAAGAAAUAAUGAUAUGAUAAAAGGACUGAGAGUAAAGGGCGAAGUGUUUAAACUGCAAGCUUUUGCAGACGAUUUGAUCUUUAUAGUAGAAGAACCAGAAUACUCUCUAGCCUACUUAAUAGAAGAUAUUCAGGAAUUUGGAUCUGAUUCUAAGAAGAGGAAGAAGGAGAAUUUGCAUGAGCAGAAGAACCUGGUACACCUGAGCUUUGCAGCAGCAAGAUUGGCAAAGAGGUAUGGAGCAGUCAUGUCAUUCCAGGCUGGAUGGCACACUUUAGUCAUAUUGAAUGGGUUCAAGGCAGUUAAGGAGGCACUGACAGAGAAAAAGGAUGAAUUUGCUGACCGACCAUACAUCCCACUGUUGAGUCUAGCAGGUUAUUCAAGAAAUUGUGAAGGAAUAUUAAUGGCAAGGAAGAGCAAUGGCUGGAAGGAGCAGAGGAGAUUCUGUGUUUCCACCCUGAAAGUCAUUGGGAUGAGGAAGAAAACACUUGAAAAAAGGAUAUCCGAAGAAGCAAAGAAGUUGUGUUCCGAGUUCAAAUCACAAGAAGGUGCAGCCUUUGACCCAGAAACUCUUCUGAACAACGCCAUUGGCAAGAUUAUUUGUACCCUAACGUUUGGUGACCACUUCGACUACAAUGAUGUAACAUUCCUGAAACUAAUACAUUUUACUAAGGAGAUAAUGAAGAUAAUUACCGCAAGCUUGCCACAGAUAAUGGGAUCAGGAACCUGGCUCUCAUAUAUUCCUGGGCCUCACCAAAAAAUUAAGGAAAUUUAUAAUGAUAUUAGUGCCAUACUAAGUGAAAUUGUGACAAAACAUAAGGAAACCAGGGAUCCUACAUAUGCAAGAGAUUUGAUCGACACAUUUCUGGAGGAGAUGGAAAAGGCCAAAGGGAAUCCAAAGAGCAGUUUUAAUGAACACAAUCUUAUUAAAAUUAUUCUUGAAAUGUUUGUGGCUGGCCUGGGAACUACUACUUCCACCAAACUCUGGGGGCUGUUGAAAAUGGUCCUUCAUCCUGAGGUUCAGAAGCAAGUCCACAAAGAAAUCGAGGAAGUGCUUGGCAAGGAUAACCCACCCAUGAUGGAGGACCAGCCAAACCUGCCUUAUACUAAUGCUGUGAUCCACGAAAUCCAGCGGUGUGCUGAUAUUGUACCGAUUGCAUUUCCUUAUAAAACACACCAAGAAGUUCAGAUUGACAAGUUUGUCAUCCCUAAGGAGACCAUAGUCUUCAAUCACUUGUCUUCGGUGCUGAAUGAUGAAACCAUGUGGGAGAAGCCACACCAGUUUUACCCUGAGCACUUCCUAGAUGCCAAUGGACAGUUUGUCAAGCGAGAGGCCUUCCUACCUUUCUCUGCAGGUCGCCAUGCCUGCCCUGGGGAACCAUUGGCUAAAAUGGAGCUCUUCAUCUUCUUCACCAGCCUCCUGCAGUGUUUCACUUUCUCCGUCCCCGAGAACCAUCCCAGGCCCAGUGAAGACAGGCUCUUUGCCCUCACAGUCACUCCAACCCCUUUCCAGAUCUGUGCCAUCCCCAGAUAA